AUGGGUGAAGCGAAAAAGUACUGGCUACUGAAAACGGAACCAGGAGAGUGGUCAUGGGAGGACCAAGAGGCCAAUGAAGGUGUAUCAAAGUGGGACGGGGUGAAGAACAAGCAAGCCCAGAAGAAUAUGAAAUCCAUGCGAAUAGGGGACCUCUGUUUUUUCUACCAUUCGGGCACGAAAGCCCGUCGUGUGGUGGGCGUGGUCUGCGUGGGGCGUCAGUGGUAUGAAGACGACAGUGAUGGUGGUGGUGCGGUGGAUGUGAAGAAGGUAGGGGAGAUGAGGAGGCCGGUGAACUUGGCUGAGAUGAAAAGGGAGCUGAAGGGGGUGGAGUUUAGUCUGUUCAGGCAGCCAAGGUUGUCGGUUGUGCCGGUGGAGGAGGAUGUUUGGAAAAAAGUUUGUGAGAUGGGUGGUGGAUAUGAUGGGGAUAAUGGCGACUCACCUCUACUUCGUUGGAGGGGUUAUGAGGAGGUGGGUAUGGGAAGUCGGAGAAGGUUGAGAUUAGAGGAUUGGGAGGUAAUAGGUGUCAAUUACAAUGAUAUUGUGAUUGAACUUGAUACCUGUCAUUCUAGCUGCAAACCCUGCAAAUCAUUGGCCUUGAUAGGCUUGGCUGACAGUAGGGUCACCGUGAUGGUUAGGGGGUUGGGAGAAGUUGGACUGGCAGAGUUGUUGAAGGAAGGUGGUAGUGGUUGGUCGGUGGAAGAAGAAAAAUUAGGGGCAUCAUUGAAACAUUAG